AAAGUUAGUUUUUACAGCACUAUUUUUAUAUUUAUUUGUGGAGCCAUAUAUGAUUAUAUAUAUAGCAAGUGAAAAGCAGCGCCAGCUGCUGCCACAAAGCCCCAAACAAACAACCGCAACUGCAGUGCCGCCCCGCAACACCCGCGACUCGCGCCCGCCGUCCCUUAAAGCGGAAAACGCAGAGCGAAAAGCACAGGCGAAAAAUCAAGAAAAAGGGAGCCGAUCAAUCAACACAGAAGUUAGCAAGAAACCAACAAAAACUACACCGACCGUACCAACUGCAACAACAACCACUCGCCAUGGCCAGCAGAACUGAGAAAUUACACUUGACAUAAACUGUGAUUAUGAGUUCCACAAAAUCUCAAGUAGCCCUAGCUACAAAUAUUCCAACCAACUUAUCCUCUGCCGCCUCUGCCUCAACCGCGGCCGCUGCGGCCGCCGUUGUUGUUGUUGCCAGUGCCAGUGCCAACGCCGCCGUUGCCUCAACCACAUCCGGGUCAGGAUCGCCAUCGGGCCGAGCAGGAUCGCCUCCAGCUACAGCAGCAGCAGCAGCCACAUCCUCCAAUUCGGUGGCAAGCAACAACUGCAACUCCGGGGAAGAGUGCCAGACGGGGGCCGGCGGAGCAGCCAACUUGGGACGUCAGAACAGUUUUGGCAACAGACGAGGCAACAUGAAGGGCAAACAUCUCACACGCAGCCAUGCCAUGCGUGAGUCCACAUCGCCGCCUCGCACGCCAACACCGCGGGCUGCCGGCGACCAGCCAGGAGAGCUCCACGAGCACAACAACAACAAUGCCAUAACCAAUAACAACAACAACAACAACAAUAAUAAUACGAAUAGCAACAACACUAACAACAAUGGGAAUAACAACAGCAAAGCACAAUCAACCGGAAGGGGCAACUCGCCGUUGAUGGAGGCACCUGCCGUGAUUGUCACUAGUCAGCAACAGCAACAACAACAACAACAGCAGCAGCCGAUGCAGCAAUCUCCUCCAAAGCCACCACAGAACGUUCCCCUCAGCAACGAGGCAGAGUUUCCGAAGCUGUCGCCGCCCAAGAAGUCCGGCGGGCAGCACAACCGCACCAACAGCAACGGCAGCGGCAUGGAGUACAACAACAACAACGCCAACAAGAAGUUCGUGGUCGACCUGAAGUCCAACGGCCUGGACACCAGCAGUAAGCACCACAACAACAACAGCGGCAACGGCAACAACUCUUCCACGGGCGUGAUAUACAACUCCGGAAUGAACUACAAGGCGGCCGAUCGGCACGAGCGACACGACCGCCACGAGAUGUCCAGCCAGAACAGCAAUCUGAGCAACAACCAUGACGACGAGCCGUACCACUACGAGCCGCAGAGGGCCGGCGGAGGAGGCGGUGGGGGCGGCAAGAAGCACCGCGCCAACACCAACUCGAAGGGCAACAAGCCGCGCUUGAAGAACAUCGGCGGCAGCUCCUCGGGCAGCAUCGACGGCAGCGGCAACAACGGCGGGGGCAACAACAUGACGUCCAACAACGCCAACUCGAACAACUCGAGCAACAACACCUCGGGCUUCAUAUCGAGGGUCUUUCACCAAUCAGAGAACUCGAGCGAGCAGUACACGGACUAUGGCGGCACCGAUCUCCUGAUGUUCUUCCGCGACACCCUCAACAAGAACCCCAAGGACCGUAACAUUCUGCUGAAGAUUGAAAAGGAUCUAAUGGAGUUUGUCCAGGAGAACAGCCGUGGCUGUGAGUACCGUUUUCCGCCAGCUUCCUCGUACAACCGGAUGCUGAUCCAUCGCACCGCCGCCUUUUUCGGCAUGGAGCACAAUGUGGACACCGAGACGCAGCAGUGUGUGAUCGUGGCCGUCACCAAGGGCACUCGCAUACCAGAGAUCCGCUUCCAGUCGCUGGUGCGCGACGAUGCUCGAAAGUCAAUUCUCAAGAGGGACACCCACAGCUUCGACGAGGUGCGUCCUCUGGCAUACCUGUGCCCCCUUUCCCUCGAUCGCAAGGCCAAGAGCUUCGAGGAGCGGGAGGAGGACUACGACCGUGCGCGCAGCCGCAUCUUCAGUCGCACUGGCACCCAGGACGGCUACUCCGGCGGCGGAGGCGACGAGGACUGCUAUGGCGGCUGGGAUCAGCAGCAGCAGCAACAGCAGAAGCAGUCCCAGCCCCCGAGGCCCAAACGUCCCAAUGGGAAGAUGCUGCAGAUGCAGAAUUCCACGGAAUCUCGCGAUGGCAUGCGAUCGGGCGGGGCUGUGCCCAAGUCCCACAACUUUGGCAACUAUGGAGGGCCACCAGGCUCUGGAGGUCCUGGCAACAAUAACCUGCCGCGCGGCGACUCCACCAACUCGAACAAGAGUGGACGCGGCGGCUUCACCAAGCAGGACUCUACUGGCAGCACCAACACUCCCUGGCGCCUGUCGCCUUCCAGCAGUGGCUACAAGACGCGGACGCAGUCCGUGCGCUCCGAUUCCGUCACUCCCUCACCCACCGGCUACGGCAGCGACAGGCAGACGCCGGAGCUGAAUCAUCCGAAUUCCAGCCGGCUGGGUGGUGCAGGUCCAGGCGCAGGGUCAGGUGCCGCAACAGCCACAGCAGCCACAUCACCAAUGAGCGUCGGUGGCGGAGCAGCUACUGGAUCCGGGCAGCCGGCUGCUGGAUCGGCCUCGGGAGCAUCGGGACUAGUGUGGGCCGUCACCGACAUCGCGAACGUGCCAGUUGGCAGCCUCCUCAUUGAUCCGCAAACCCUCCAACCAAUUGUCAAUGCAGACGGUUCUAUUUAUCACUACGACCCGUCCAACCUGCCGCCCAAUCAGGCGCUCCAGCAUACGGGAAACCAAUACCAGUCCCAGAACCAGGGCAACUCAUCCGGUGGCUACAACAACUACCGCAAGUCCUCGCCCCACCAGCAGCACUUGCAGCAGCCACCCCAGCAGCAGCAACACCACCAGCAGCAGCAGCAACCGCUGCCACAGCAGCAAUAUGCCAACACCGAGUUGUCCUGCAGCUCCACGGAGAGCUACGCCGAGGAGACCCAUUCGCCCGGCAUGGAGUGCUCCGAGGGAUACGAGAGCUACGAGCCGCUGUCGUUGCCGCAGCAGCAGCAGCAGGAGGAUCCGGGGAUGAAGGGUGAUGAUUGUGAUAGCCUGGCCAGUGCCACAGCUUGCCUGAGCAUUACCACCGCCACGUCCACAAAGAACUAUGACCGCAUCGAGGUGCAAAAGUACAAGAACCAGGCCACCAGUCCCAACAUACCCGCCUGUUGUGCAGCGACGGGCGAGAAGCUGGAGGCGGAGUCACCCGUCGGGGUACAGGAGCAGGAACCGGAGCCGAUUGCAGGUCCCUCGUCCUCUGUCUCGGCGGCAUCCUCUGCCGGAAGUGCCGAACUGCCAACCAGCCAGACGCCCUUGACCCCAGUAGCCACUCAGGUGAACUGUGACCUGCAGUCCGUUUCGCCGAGCUCCACGCCGUACAGCCAGUGCGAGGCGAAGACCCCCAACCAGAGUCACGGUCCCAGUGCGGUCGUCGAGGAGCCGAAGACCACCACCUGGACGUACACGCAGAGCUACCAGGCGCCGGAUGGUUCCACGGUCUUUCACACCACCACGACGCCCAACGGGGCUGCGCCCUACUGCGCCACAACAUAUCAGCAAGGGCCCGAUGGCAGCAUCUAUGCGGUGCCCCAGGGCAUGGUCUAUGCCGCCUAUCCCCAACCUGGCGUUGGUGGGGCCGGGGCCGCCUCGCAGCCGCUCUUCCAGCUGACAGCCAGCAGCCAUCCGCCCGCCCAGACACUGUUCGCUUCGCCCGAAGCGGGUGGUGAGCUGCCCGGCGGCACCUACAUGAUACCUGUCUUCGAUCCGGCCCAGCAGCCGCGUGAGGGCUUGAUCCAAGCACAAGCCAUCUACCAGGCCGGACCGGGUGGACCCGCGGCCACCACAGUGAUGCCGAUGGCGGCCACAGCCGCCUACCCGACAGCCCAGUUUGCCACGGCAACAGCCCCGAACGGAGCGCCCAUUUACCAGGCGCCGCUAAUCUACUCCAGUGAGCCGAACGGCGGGGCACAGCUGCAGCAGCUGCCCAUGGCCACUUACCCGAUUCAAUACUCCUAUCCGUACUACCCCAUCCCGUACUACGUGCCCCCGCAGGCUGUGGCCACGGCGCCCAUGGUGGCAGCCUCUCAGCCGCCAGUGGGACAGGCGCCACUCCCCCCACAAGCUCAAGCCACACAGCCGGGAGGAGCAGCCCCAGGACCACCCACAGUGGUAUCCGUUUCCGGUCCACCACAUCACCAGUCGCAUCAGCCACACCACCAACCCCCUCAACAGUCCUCGAGCAACGGGGGAUCGGUGGUGGCCUCCAACAGCUAUGGCGGACGCGUAAAACGUACGCCUGGGGGCGGUUCCAUCCACUACAAUGCUAGCUACCCGCCCAGCUCGGUGGCCCAUGCCAGUGGUGGGCAUCAUCCGGCGGCGGGAUCCGCCCAGCUGAUCGCUGCCCCCGCUGCCAGCACAACCACAUAUCAUGCGCUGCCCACAUUGACGCUCGCCCAUGGUGGUGCACCGGCUGGCUCGGAUCUCGGUGGCGCAACAGCGGCGCACGUGUAUGCGCUGCCCGCUCAGCAUGCCACCGCGCUGAUCCCAACGAACAUCUUCCCAUACGCGGCUGCAGCAGCGGCGGCAGCAGCCGGUCCAGCGGGUCCACAGCCCGCCCCCCAGGUGGUGCAGCAGGCGCCUCCCCCGCCGCCAUCGGCUCCACAUCAUCUGAUCACUGCAGCCCCGUUCUACCCGGCCAGUGCUGGAGGGAUGGAAUCGCAGUCGGCACCCAGUACGCCAGCGGCUCCGGGACGUCAAGCUCCUUUGUUCAGCACACCACCGGCUCCGAAUAACGGGAGCAGCGGCAGCAGCAGUGCCGGAGGAAACGGCAAUGGCGGUGGGUACCACAGCAAUAGCUCCACUCCACACUACUACCAGAGCCAGAGCAGCAAUGAGGGCGGCUACUCCUCGUACGAGAAGCGGAACAAUGGCGGUGCGCAGUCCAUGGGUGUGCGAAAGCCCUACCAUCCGGGCGGCUACAACCCCAGGCACUCGGUGCCAAUGGGAGGAAUGCCCUCCGGUGCCAAGACACCGCUGCUCAACUCCAACAACGAGCCCACACCGCGAGCCUCGCCCAGUGGUGUUAGCAUGGGCGGAGGACCCCCUUCAUCCGGGGGCGGUGGUGGAGCAGGAGGCAGCAACAGCUACCACCACCGGGGACCACCCCCGCACGCAAUGGGCGGAGCCAAGCAGCGGGAGAACAAGCCGAACCAGCUUCCACUGAUCAGUGGACCACCGCCCAGCUAUGCGACGGGCAAUCCGGCCACCGGGGGCGCAGUGAGCACCACGCCCAGCUACGAGUCCAAGCCGCCAGUGCGCUUGAACGCCGCAGCGGCCAGCUUCCGCAGCCAGAAGUCCAUGAACCAGGACUUUAGGCGCAGCGUCUCCCAACGCAACUCACCGAGUGCUAACGGCGGCAACGGGAACGGAAACGGCAGCCACGAGAGCAGCAACAACUCGCCCAACAGUAUUGCUGGCAGCAACAACAACAGCGCCGCCAACACUCCCAAUGCUGCACCGCCUCCGCCGCCACCCGCCACUCUGGUCAGCCAUCCCGGCGGCUAUGUGGUCCUGGAUCAGUCCAUGAACGCCUCGCCGCCGUCGAUCUACCUGGGUAGCAGUGGUGGUGCUGGAGUAGCUGGCGUCUCUGGAGCGGGUGGCGCUGCGGGACAGGCUGCUGCUGGCUCGAACGGAGGCGGCGGUAACCAGCACUCCGGAGGCGCCCGCACGCACAUUCCCACAGCCCAGCUGCAUCACAGUGCUGCCUCCGCGGCGGCGGCAGCAGCAGCCGCUGGCAACCAGCAGGCCACCACGGCGGCGGUUCUGAGCGGCGUGGCCGCGGCCGCCCUAGGUGGCUACAAUCCGAACGGCGCGUCCGGCGUGUACUUCAAGUAUGGCCAGACGUACUUUGCGCACCCCUCGGUGGCCUUGCCCAACAGUCGACGAUCGCCCUCAAACGAUAUCCGGCCGCAAAUGGCGCAGGUGGCCGGCAUGUAUCCCACAAUGAUGAUACAAGCUCGUCAUCCCAGCCGCCAUCCGAACCCGAACUACAAGGGUUCGCGUCCGCGGUAAAGCCAGCCGGAGCACUCCGGACAUAUAGAAACCAAGCAAACAAAAAAACUACAUACACAUAACGGCAUACCUAAGAUAAAUAUAAAUAGCAACCUAAUCUAGUGGACAUAAAGUAGUUGACAAACAAAAAAAAACAAAAAGAAUAAUAAACCAGAAAUAACGAGGACGCAAUGGAGGAGAAGGAGGAGCAUAAGCCUCGUCGAGUGCUGGCCGCAGAGUUGUCGGGCAAUAUUGGUAGAGGAAGCUGAAGAGGAGACAGCAGAGAGGGCGUGGCAGGGAACCAACCGAACCAAAUCAACCCACACCUGACCAGACGAGAGACCCGGGAGCCAGGAGCGGGAAGCCAUCAUGUUACAUCUUCCGCAGCCAACAAAGGGAAGCAAGUCGCGAAAGUAGAGUCAAGGGGGGACCGACAGAGCAUAGCAUAUAGCCUUUAAAUAUAGUUAAGGAGUAUCUAUUGUACGCAGAGGGUACAAGACCGAACCGCUACAGAAGGGACAAUGAUCGACGAUCGCGAUGACAACCGGAAAGAGAGAAUUGAAUGCUGUAUAUUUUGUGCCAUUACAAAUAGUCUAUAAUAAAGAAACGAGUACCCGAAGAAGCAAUAAAUGAACAGACAACGACGACGGCCCGACAAGGACAUUAACCGACUUGGACGCGACCCGUAGUUUCCAUUCACUUUCCCCUGACCGUACACCAUAUAGGAUAUUCAGGUAGAUCAGGAUCUUCUCGUCAUCCGUGAAGCUCUCGAAUUGGAACGCCAAAGCAAGAGAAUCUCCCAGACAAGCUUUGAAGCUGGUUCAUAUUUUAACUCCUAUCUUCCAAUCUGCUGCUGAAUGUCGCCUUGCUUUGGAGUGCUUAAUUGAAUGUGUUUUAAUUAGGUUAGAAAUCUCAACCGAAGCAGAAGCUACUGACCAACCAACCAACCAACCAUAUGACAGACCGGACAACUCACAUGGCCCUUGACCCGAGUGAACCCAGAAAUCUGCUGCCAGGAUUGGGGCGAGUCUUAUAUCUAUAGUUUUGUUCCGCAAAAUUUGGGUUAGACUCUUCGACUAAGUCCACCAAGUCCCCGAUAAAAACAACAACAUAAUGAAACAUAGAUGAACCUUUAAUUUAGAGAGUCAAUUAUUAUUAUUUCGUAAUUUAAAUUACUGAAAAUUUGUUGAAUAUGAUUUUUGGUUUGAAUUUUCGCCUCGAUUAAGUUUAUGUUUAUCUUUCGAAAUAGAAUUUCCUUAUCAUUUUCUGUUCCUUAAUGCAAAGAAGCUGCAACUAAAAUUUCGUUGUUAUCCGUAAGAGAAAUAAAAUAAAAACCAAGCAAAAAUAAGAAGGAAGCUGGAGAUGGAGGACGGAGGAGCCAAGCAGCUAUACAUUUAUUGUUAAACAAAAUAAUUAGCUUAGCGUAUAAACUACAUAUGUAUAUGUACCAUCUAAUAAUAUAUAGGAAAGUGAAAGAAAAAAUGCUAAAAUCUAAAACUAUAAUAAAAGAGAAACCACAUGAUUAGUUAAAGUUAAACGAGAA